AUGUCCGAUCUUCGCACUAAGAACGGAACUUCCUCUGGAUCUACAUGCCCAGGCUGUGGCCGGAGGUUCUCACCGUCGGGGCUGUCUUUGGCGCGAACAAGUGACCCUCGAUGUCGACAACUCCUUGACGGUCUCCCUCCCCUGCCUCUCGAUCCUGACGACGAAGACUUGGUGCCCCUCCUCCCUAUCCCAGUUCAGCCGUUUGAGGGCGACUUCUUUGGGGAUUACUCCCCUGGCGACUUCGACCAAUUCAUCGACCCAGAAGCUGCCUCUGACUCAGAACAUGAAGAGCUUGGGCCCAUCAUCGACCUGCCUCCGCUCCAUAGUCCCUUCACCAUUGAAGAUGAUGACGACGCUAUUGCCACUGCCCAGGUCAUGGACCAGACCCAGGCCAAAUCCAGCUACAGGAGUCCUCCGCAAUCUCGACAACGUCGGGUCAUCGCAGAGCACACCGUUCAAGACCACAGACAGACGUAUGUCAAGCCAUUCCCUCUCUCCUCCGCUGCUGCACCACUUCGACGGACGCGGGUCUCCGAAGCCCCUCGAUGGAACCAAGGCUACGACACCUAUGAAGCUCAGAUCAAAGACGGUGCUCCAUCUUUGAAUCCCUUCGCCCCAUUUGCCUCGAAGCUGGAUUGGGAUGUUGCCAAAUGGGCGAAGACUCGAGGGUCGGGCUCUACCGCUUUUACUGAUCUACUCACAAUUGAAGGCGUAGCACAACGGCUCGAGUUAUCUUACAAGAACUCUCGUGAGCUCAAUCGCCUCAUCGACGAAGAACUGCCCUCUGGACGACCACCUUUCCAUCGGCAUGAGAUAGAGGUCGGAGGGGAGAAGUUCGAGGUCUUCUUCCGAGACGUUCUGCUAUGCAUCAAGGCGCUUUUUGGCGACCCGGAGUUCGCCCCUCUCCUUCUUCUUACCCCUGAGCAGCACUACACGGACGAAUCCCGACAAGAGAGGGUUUAUUUCGAUAUGAAUACCGGGAAGUGGUGGUGGGUGCAACAGAAGCGACUGGAGGAGUUAAACCCGGGUGCAACUGUCAUUCCCGUGAUCAUCAGCUCCGACAAGACCCAGCUUACUCAGUUUGGAAACAAGACUGCGUACCCCGUUUACCUCACAAUCGGGAACCUGCCCAAGUCCAUACGUUCAAAACCGUCUCGUCGUGGUCAGAUCCUGCUUGCCUACCUCCCCACCACCAAGCUCUCUCACAUCAAGGGGACUGCUUCUCGUCGACGCUCCCUUGCCAACCUCUUCCAUGCCUGCCUAGCUCGCGUCCUCGCUCCACUUGGGGCUGCAGGCCAGGACGGCAUACCCGUUACGAGCGGCGACGGGAUCACUCGACGAGGCCACCCGAUUCUUGCCAGCUACGUCGGCGACUACCCAGAACAGGUCCUAAUAUGUGGAUGCAAGACGGGAGAGUGCCCGAAAUGCCCAAUCCCACGCAACGACGUCGGCGAAGAUUGUGACACCUCCCGUGCUCUCCGUGACAUAUCGCGCGUCUUUGCCGCCUUGGAUACCCUCAAUCAAGGCCCGCGGACCUACACCAAGGCGUGCAAAGAUGCUGGCAUCAAGCCGAUCUUCCACCCUUUUUGGGAGCGCCUGCCUUUUUGCAACAUUUUCAUGGCCAUCACGCCCGACAUCCUACAUCAGCUGCAUCAAGGCGUUCUCAAGCACGUCAUUUCCUGGCUUCAAACUGCUUACGGAUCUGACGAGAUCGAUGCUCGAUGC